AUGAAAAAGUUAAAUCAUUAAUUUGGAUCUUUGGGAGACUUAAGAAGCCCAUAAGAUUCAGCUAAUUAGACCUCUAUUGAUAAUAAUUAUUUUCUUUCAAUACCAAUCCAAGCAUAUGAAUAAAUAGAAAAAAUGAAAAUACUAAAAGCAAAAUAUCCAGCAGCUCGCUAGUCUUAUCAGAUUUAAAAAAAGAAAAAGACAUUUAAUACAAGUUCUUUGAGUGGAAGUUCUGUUUAAUUAAAUAAUGUAAGUAGUUAGCCUAGUUUUUAAAAAGAUAGGGAUAGCCAUAGAUAUAGGGAAGAAUAAGAUGAGAUAAAAGCAACCGUGGGAGAUGCUUCAUCAUUUUCAUAGACUUAAUUAAACAUAAAAACUCCAAACAAAAGAACAUCAAUAGAAAUCCCACAAUCAGUUUAGUCUCUAUCAAAUUUAAAUUCAUAUCGUAAGAGUGCUAUUAAUUUUAAUGCGAUUUACAAAAUUGAAAAGGGAAAAUUACUGCCAGAAAUAUUAGAGGCAAGACAGUAAUACUCGUUCAACAAAAUAAAUACAGAUGAGUUUCAGAUAAGAACAUCGAGAUUAAAUAUUGAAGACAGCAUUUAAGAAAAGACUCCUUUCAAAAACAUAAAGACUUAAAAUCCAUAGAACAGCUCAGUUUUAAGCAGUUUACCUAGAAAAUUGAACACAACAUAUAGGAUUGAUAAGCUACUUGAAAGCAGUGAAAAGAUUGAAAACGAAAGCAGUUUUAUAAGAUAGCAAUAUCUAUCAAAUAGCAAAUUAGGGAAAAAGGAUGAUAGAUUUUUUAGAAAUUAAAGUACGAUAUUAAGAAAGCACCCUCUUAGUAAAUAGUAAAUUCAAGAUAUAAAUUAGUACAAUUUAAGAAAUAAGUUAGAUUACUUUUCACAGGAUAAUAUGAUUUAUAUUAAAAUACCUCAUAUUACUAAUUUCAAUAUUGAGCCUUUAGAAAAAUAUGAUGAAGAAUAGUUAUACGAUUAAGAUUUUUUAUAAGUGAUUCAGAAAGCUCCUAUUAGAGGAUACUCAAAGUGGUCAGAUAAUUAUGGAAAUAUUUAAUGGAAAGAUUGUAUUAUAGAAUCUUAUAAUCCAGAGAGAAGAACAUUCGGGAUUUAAUGGAUUUCCAAUAACAGAAGAAAAGAGGUAACUAGAAUAAAUCUAUUAUUUGAUUAUGAGUCCUAAGAAAAAGGAGAUUAAAGAUAUUAAAUUGCUAAGGAAAGGCGUGAAUAAAUGCUUUUCUUCUUGAGCAUGAAAAAUACCAUUAUAAAUUCAGAUAUGAAAGAAAGCAGUCAAACAAAUAUAAAUUUGAUCACUUUUCCUAUGGAUAGACUAUAACGAAUUCUGGAUUAGAGUUUAAAAUGGAGGAUGUUUACUAGUGAAGAAGAAAUAAAAUAAACUAGAGAUUUAGUUAUAGAAGGAACUUUAGAACUAUAUAAGUAUAAUGUAAUCAAAUUUAACUAUUAGUUUCACACAGUAACAUCUAUGCAUCAUUUCUACGAAAAGUAUCUAUAAGAUUUUGCUGAAAAAAAGGGACUCAUUGUAUUUAAUAAGUCUGAAUGGGUAAUUUAAGAAUUUUUUGCUGAGUAAGAAUAAAAUUAAAUGUAAAAAUCUGAUUCGGAAAGCGAAGACGAAUAAAACAAAAUUGGUGAUGAUAACUUAAAAAAUAAAUCAUAACUUAGUAUUUAGCUAAAUUAAAGCUCGUUUGAUAACAAUAAGAAAAACCCCAACAUAUAAAAAGUGCUCCUAUACUAAGUUAAAGCAAUUAGAAAGACUUAUUCUGCAGUCGAAAGGAAAAAGAAGUUUGAUCAAGCUUUAAAUAAUUUACAAUAGAGAAGGACAAUUAGAUUUGAAAAUGAUUUAGAUUAAGGCUAAUUAGUUAAAUUGUUAGAUGAUGAUAUCUAGAUAGAUGAAUAAAUGAACAUAAAAAUUUAUAAUAAAGAAGUUGUAUUAAAAAACAAGUCUUACAUAAAAUAUAAUUGUAAUAAACUAGGAAAAAAAUCUAUCAUAUACUCAAAAGAUAAAAAAUUUGAAUUGUUUAGCAUAGUCGUUCCUAUGUUAGCUCAGUUUGUGACAUGCUUAAAAGAAAUAAAGAUAUUUAAGGGAAUUUAAAAUGUUUAAUUAUUAUUUUAGUUAGAUGCUUUGAGUGCAAUAAAAAGUUUAAGCAAAGAUUUUUCAAGAUAGUCUUUUAAACUUCAAAGGGUUAUUGACAAAAUUGAGAGCGCAUUAGAUGAAUUAAAUAAAGAAUUUUUAAAAAAUUUAUAAAAUUAUCAUAUUGAAAUCGAAGGUAACGAAUGGAGAAUAAGUGUCUAGGCAUAAAUAACUAAAAUGACAAACAGUCUUGUUUAGAGCUAUUUAAUAUCUACUGUAAAUGAUUCCAUUUAAGAUGCUAUAAAAUCAUUAGAUAAAUACUAUUCAGUCCUUCCUAUGUAAUACCUUGUAUCUACAACUAUUAAAGAUGUAGCUCCUAACUUAAUUAAAAAGAGGCAAGAAUAGAGAUUAAUUACUAUGCUUGAUAGAGCUCAAGAGGAUUAUGCUGAUAAAGUUAGUAUUCUGGACGAGUAGCAUGAAGUUAAUUGGUUAAAUUCGAGUUAUAAGAUAUCUGUUAAAUAAAGUCCUUUUGUUUAAAAUAACACAGUAAAGACUGAAUCAUCUGACAAUAAAAACUUCAAAUUUAAAGCUUUGGCAAGAGAUUCAAAUAUUUAUUUGACAUAACCCUAAUUGAAUAAAGCCUUAAAUUAUUAGUAGUAAAAAAAUAAAAUUUCAACUUUAGAAGAAAUUUCUCCUAAUAAUGCUGGAAACCAAACAACUAAACGUGAUUCUAUCAAAGAAUUUUAAUAAAAAAUUGAUCAUAUUCUUGAAUGGUAGUGCUUUAAGGACGGAUAGAUAAUUUAUGAUAUUUAUCAGCAGAUAUGCGAUAUUCUUAUUCAUGAAUAAGCAGACUUUUAGUACCACCAAAUAAAACAUUUAAAGCUUACUAAUAUACCAAUUUAACCUAUAUUUUAAAUUAAAAUGAAUGUCCUGAAUGAUAAAACUGAGGAAGGUAAAAAGUAAAUGAAGCUUGUUACCAAAUUCAGCCACUUUAAGCAUAUCGAUAGCAAUCCUGAAAUAUUCUUAAAAGCUUUGGAAAGCAGAGAUAAAUUCUAUUAUUAUGAACAAGUUACUUUGAUGGAUAUGUACUUUGAUAUUGCAAGGAGAAAUCAUUCUGAAUUUGACCUGACAAAAUAAUUUAACAUUGAAAAUUUAAAGAAAAACAUUGUAAAUCAUCAGUUAGCUUGGUUUAAUUUAAAUUCAUUUAUGAUAAGAAUUGAACCACCUCUCGAUGUUAUAGAAUAAGAAAUAAAAAAUGUUUUUAUGAAUCCUAUUGAAAGUUUAGAGCAAAUGCAAAAAAUAUUUUUUGGAACAAUUGAGGAUAAAAUGAAUGAAAUGAAUGCUCACUUUUUUAACUCAGAAAGCAAAUUUUUGUAUAAACAAGAAUUUAACUAAAAAACUAUUGAGAAUUUGCAAUAAAAUUUGCAAGAAUUCAUAAUUAAUUCUUACUUUGCAAUUUAUGGUCUUUUAAAAGUGUUGCUAAGUUUUGAAUUCUAUUUCUUAUAUUCUAAAUAAUAUGAAAAAUUUUUAAUUGCGGAAAUUGAGAGUAAUCAAUUAGAGAGAUUAGAAGAAGUAUUUAAGGAAAUGGACAGACUUUAUAGAGACAUGCAUGUUAUAAAAAGUAUAAUGCCAGAUAAGUUUAAUCUUGGUGUUUUCUUGGUUGAUGUAACAGAUUUUAAAGCUGCUAUGAUUAACGAAAUUAUGUAAAAAGAUGCCUUGAUUAAAAAUAAACUUAAAAUCAGUUGUAUUGAAACUCUUAAAAAAAAUGAAGAUUUGGAACAGGAGAUACAAGAAUAGCUAUCAAUAAAACCUUAAACUAUUGAUUAAUAUAUUAAAAUAAAUUAAUAUCUGCAAGGAGAAGAAAUAAAUCAGCAAAUUUAAUAAAUUUCAAUGUACAUUUUGCUUUCAUAAAGGCUAUUUGAGUAAAUAGAACUCUUCUAGAUGUCUUUAGAUGAAUAAAAUUAUAGAGAUUUCCUAUUACAAAAUUCUAUGCUAAGAAAUUUAUAUGAACUCAAAGAAGAAAAAGAAAAAAAGCAAGAGGAAAAUAAACCUAAAUUUAGAAAGAUGCACAUGGAUAAAAAGAAUCUACUUUUAAAAGAUAUAGAAGUACUAAAAAAAGAUAUUGAAGAUUUUUCAAAUAUGAGAGAUCUUGAAGAAGCGCAUACAAACUAAACAAUAGCAGAAAAUUUAAAAUAAAAGUUAACUUUACUCAAUGAAAAGAUUAAAGAGAUUAGAUAUGAGGAAAUUCAUUUAAAUACUGGGUAUGAUGGUAGACUUGAUUAUGAUGAAUAUUCAUCUAAAUUUGAAUAUUACAAUCAAUUUUGGAAAUUCGCCAGUGAUUGGAAAUACAAAAAAGAAACUUGGCUUUCAAAGUCAGUGAUUAACAAUAUACUUAGUAAUUCAGACUUAAAAGAUAUUGAACAAACAUUAGAGGUAGGCAAUAAAAUGAUAAGGUAGGUAGAAACAUACUUUCUUUAAAAUGACUAUGAAUUUUCUAUUCUGGUAAAUCAAAUAAAUAAUGAAAUAAAUGAGUAUGAAUAAAUCUAUGACUUUUUAGUCUUAGUUUCACAUGAAAGUUUCAAAUAAGAACAUUGGAAUCUUGUCCUUGAAACAUUAUAUACUGAUGAUCCUGAUAAAAAGAAGCAGAUUCUAGCUUCAUAGAAUAUAACUUUAUAGAAGCUAUUAGAAGACAAAAUAUUAUCAAUCAUAGUUUACAUAAAAAGUAUAGCAGGGCAAGCAGAAAACGAAUUUAAGGUUCAUGAGAGUAUCAAGAGCUUAGAAAAUGAAUUAAAGAAAAUUGGGUUCUAAACAAUUAAUUACUUUGGUAUUCCUAUGUUUUAAAGCACUUCUGAGUUAUCUUCAUACUUAAAGCUUCAAUAGUAAAUAAUUGGUAACAUGGUUAGAAAUAAGAUCUACAGUAGAAAUGACUUUGCUCACAAGCUUUCAGAAUUACAGCAAUAAGUUGCAAACUCGAAAAAAGUUUUAAAAUAUAUUGGUUUGAUUUAGAAUUUGUUUAUUAAAAUAGUUCCUGUAAUUAAUUUUACAAGGUAUCUAUCUUAUUUGAAAGAUGGCAUCAAAGAUUUUAAUCGUUGCAGAGAAUAUCAUGAAUAAAUUGCUAAAGAUCUUAAAUAAAGAGGUUUGCUCUUUUUGCUAGAUCUAUUCAUGAACAAAGAGUAUGAAAAUCAUGCAGGAGAUAAAACAAAUAGAAAUAGUGGAAGCAAUAAUAAUAAUUUUUUUUCUAAUGCUCUUUCCCAACAUCACAAUAAUCAUAAUCAAGGAGUUUAGCUCACUGCUUAGGCUCAAAGUAUGCUUAAAAAUCUGACUGAAAACUUUUAAAGUUUGUCUAAUUUAGAAUCCAGUAUACAAACUGUCAUAAAAUUUAUUAGGCAGCAAAAUUCUCGUUUUACUUUCUUUUCUGAUUUCUAAAUUAUGAAUCUUUGUGAAUCAGUUUACAAUACAAAAGAGUUUUCUGAUACAAUUAGAUAAGCAUUCCUUGGUAUUUAGUCGUUCAAUAUAAUUACUAUUCAAUAAGCAAAUAGAGGAAGUGAGAAUUCUAGUUCAAAUACCCCUGCUAGUAGCCCAAAAGAGUAAAAAAAACACAAUUUUGCCUAAGAUGAAAUAAUUGAAGAAGUCGAAGAUACCUAAGAUAAGCAGAAAUCACUGAUUAAUAAUGUUUUUACAGGACAUUUCAAGCUAUUUUAAAUAUGGAGCAUCAGAAAUUGGUACAACGAAUAGAUUAACUUUAAUGAGCCUAUUUAAUAUAGUCUUUAAUAAUAUGACGAUCCUCCUACUUUUACUAUGAUUCGAGAUAUUGAAAGCAGUUCAAGAUCAUACAUAAAACAAUAAAUUUUAUAAUAAUUAAAUCCAAUGUCCAAAAACUCUUAUAAAUACUAAGAGUUGUGGAACAUUGUACAAAAAAAAUAAACAAUAUUUCAAAUUCUUUAUUUAAUUAAUGACAUUAUUUUUUAUCAUGACCUAACCAUUAUUCUUGCCACGAAAGACAUACCCUAUAUUGAAAAGCUUACCCAACUUAGAGAUUACAUGAAUACCAACUUGAAAAGUUUUAUUUAGAGCAUGCAGAUAGGAGGAAAAACAUAUGGAGUUCAGAGAAUGAAUUACAUUUAAUCCACAUAAUUUUUCCUCUAGAUAUUAUAGCACAUAGAAAUUUUGAAUGAAUUUAUAGAUUCAAAAUAAUAAUUUGUUGAGGGGUUAGGAAGCUAUGAAUAUUUAGUUCUUCCUAAAUUUAGUUUACAUAUGAACUCAAAAUUAAUAGAUAACGUAUUGGAGGUAUAAAAGAACGCGAAAGACUAUGGUGCUUCUAUUUUAAAUGAGGUUAAAGACACUGAAGAAACAACAGAACCUGAUGAACCAUUUUUCCCUAACUUAACAGCUGAAUCGCCUUUACUCUCUGCUUUUAAAGGAAAGGAUUUUGAUAUUUGUUUAAUUUCAAUGAACUACAAGAAAUCUUAUACGUAUGAAAUUAAUCCUCAAUUGAGAGGUUUUGUUAUAACUUAAGGAUGUAGAAGAAUUUUCCAUCAGCUUUUACAAGCUUUAUCUACUAAUUCUGGUGGUAUACUAAAAGGUCCACAGGCAACAGGAAAAUCAUCCACUUUUGAAACAUUGUGCAUACUUUUAGCUAAGCCUCACUUUGUUUGGAAAUUUGAGCACGACUAAAACUACAACACGAUCUAAAAUAUUAUUACAGGAGUUGCUGCAGGAGGAUUUUGGUUAUAUAUAAAGAGUUUAGAGACAUGUGAUUUAGGUAUUAUUUCAACAUUGGCUUAGGCUGUAUUUUUGAUUAGGAAAUCACUCAUGAACGACUAAAAAAUAUUUUAAUUUGCUGGAAAGAGCUAUCCUGUCCAUUCAUCAUAUGGAAUCGUAAGCGGUUUCACUGACAGAUUAAAUGUGCUUGAUCAUAAAUUUGCUCAGUUGCCAAAAAGUUUGUUAGAAAACUUUAGAGUAAUUAAUGUGGUUGAGCCUGAUUUAGCUGAAAUAGUCAAAAACUAUUUUAUUUUAUAUGGCUGUUAGGAAAAAAGUCAAGAGUACUCAAAUAAAUUUAUUAGCUUUUUAAGAUUCAUUUCAUCAUCAUAUGAAAAUACUCGCUUGAUGAAAUUUUACAGUUACGAUGAAAAAUCUGUUAAUCAUUUUAAAGAAUCUAUUGUUUCAGAUAAGUUUUCCUUAGGAAAUUUGAUAUCUUUAAAAGCAAUAUUAAAAAUACUUCGUUUGACUUUAGUUUUUCACACAGAAAAAUAAUUAGACUUAUAGGAUUAAAUUAAAGUAGUUCAGGCUAGUGUUUAGAGUUAUUUCUCCUGUUUACUAACUUAAAGCUAAUGUGACUAUGUAAUGAAAGCCUUCUGUAGUUAUUUUGGUACUAAAGAUUAGGAAACUAACUAUAGUGAAAUAUUUGACAGAGACUACAUGUCAAUAUAAAGCGAUUUGUCUUAUUACUUAACUUAAAAUAAUCUAAUUAACACUGAUUAUGUUUAAAAGCUUACCAACAAUAUAUUCCCAUUAGUCAUGAACAAAAACACACUUAUAUUUUCAGGAAGGAGUGGAAAAAAUAAGUCAUUCUUUAUAAAGUUGCUUGGGUAUUUAUAUUUCCGACAAAAAAAAAAAGAAUUUUAUUUGAACUGGCUCAAGAUUGAUGCUAUAGCACCUGAAAGACUGCUUGGUUGCUUUAAUUCAAAAGGGGAAUGGGAGGAAGGAGUUGUUAAUUAAAUUAUUGCCUCUAUGGAAUCAAACAAUCACUAAAAGAAUAUGAUCAAUAAAAUUAAAUAUUAUGGGCAUAAAAACUUUUGUUCUUAUCCUGCAAGCCAAGUGGUAAGAGAUGAAUAAAGUAUCGAAAAAUUGAAAUUCUCUUCUCAAAAUACAGCAACAGCCAACUAAGUAGUUCAGCUAUUUUUACAGUCUAAAGCACAUGAUUGUGUUACUGAAGAAGAUUGGAUAAUUAUCGAUGCCUCGUCUUAAGCAAAUAAGUACCCUCAUAAUCUAAAUUUGGAUAGACUUCUUGUUGGAUUCUAUUAAAGAUCAUUCAAUUUGAUUAAUUAAGACAUUUUAAAGGUUCCUUAGGAUGCCUUUUGUAUUUUUGAAAUGGAAAGCUUAGAUAACAUGAGUCCAAAUCACUUAGCCAACCAUAUACUUAUUCAUAUGAAUCAAGAGCCUUUUAGCCUUAAAGAAGAGUUUAGUGCUUGGCUUUCUAAAAUGAAAUAAAAAAAUAUUUUCUUUGGCUAAUUUGAUUUCGCUGCCAAAAUAUGUUUUACCUUCUUUUUCGAAGAACUUCUAGAGCUUUUUGAUAAAAUACCUGAGAACUCAUUUAGAUAUAUAAUCUCAAAGAAAGCACAUUUGAAUAACUUUUUAAAUUACCUUGAGAUAUUUAUAAAUGAAAUUAGAAAGUUAGAAAUAGCAUCAGGUGAAUGGGAAGAUGAAAACAACAAAGGACCAAAUAUUCCAAGAAUGAAUCUGAAAAAAAUAAAAAAUUAAUAAUAAAUUAUAAUAUCUGGUGAAGAACUUAUUUCAGAGAUGGCAUUUUCUCCAAGUAAAAUUCCUCCAAAAAAAGGAGAUAAAUUCAAGUUUUAAUUUUCUGAGAUUUCUGCUGAUGAAGUUGUUGAGAGUGCAACUUAAAAUAGUUAGUAAGAUAGAAAAAGUAUAUAAGGGAAAUUUUUAAAUACAGAAAAUGAAAAUUUAAAUGAAAAUGCAUAAUAAAAGCAGUAAGAUGUAAAAUACAUACUUAGAGGAGAAAGUGAUGUCAGGCUAGCCAGCUAUCUAGAAAGUGUUUUCGUUUUUGCUUUAACUUGGAGUGUUGGAAAUAUUUUAAAGAAUGAAUACAGAAGUGUUUAUAAUAAAUUCCUUUAAAAAUCAAUUGAAGCUUACUUAGAUUUUAGGUUUUAACAUACUAGAGUUCGCUUUUAGAGAGAAAACUAUCCUUUCGCUAUAAAUUUAAAAAACUUAUUUGAAAACUCAAUCAGCAAUCAUCAGUAAAAUAACUAACUCAACCAAACUAUUUUCGAUUUCUGCUAUGAUAUAGUAAGGGCUGAAUGGGUUCCAUGGUAAUAGCUUUCAAUUGAAGAAUUUGGUGUUAUAAGUGGAAAUUUGAUUUCUAAUAAUAUUGACACUAAAGAAAUAAUACGUUUGAAUCCAUAUGCUAUUGAUAUUAUUGAAAAUAAGAUAUCUAAAGAAGUGCAAAGUAUAUCUUUACCUGAUAAAACUCUUUUUGUCGAAACAAAAUCUACAAAAAUUACCAAACAUUUCUUGCAGUAUUUUGUUGCCUACUAGAAACCUUUGCUACUUAUAUCGAGAGGCUAAAACGGACUGACUACACUCGUAAACCAAAGAACCUAAUGCUUAAUUGAAUAAUUCAAUUACUCUCCCAUAUUUAUUUCAUGUACUCAAAAUUUAAGUGUCAAACAAUUUUAAAAGAAAAUAGAGUCUAAUUUAAUAUCUUCUUAACCAUUUGUCUUAACUUCACCUAACAAGACUAAUGGAAUUAUAAUUGUGGAUGAUUUGAACCUCGCUCCUUAAGGAAUAUCGCCUGUUGGUGCUAUGAGAUCAUUUAUUGAAGGAAAUUCGUGGUUUAGCAACAGCAAAAACAGAUUCUAUUAGUUUUAAAAUAUAGUUUUACUUGGAUUGUAUUCCCACUCUGGCUAGUAAUCAACAAAUAUAUUUGACCAAAGGUACUGCAACCUCCCUCUCUCUAUGGUUGAAAAAUCAAUGAUUUUUAAGAUGCCUAAUCAAGAUUAGUAAGACUUGAUAUCUAUAUUCACAGAAUAUAACAGUUUAGCUUCGACUGGCUAAGCAAUACUUUUGAAUAAGAACUAAAUAAGUGAAGCCAAAGGUGUUAAUUUAUAGCUGUUUUCAUCAGCUUCUGCGCUAGCAUUAGUUUUUAUGAAGCACAGAUUCUAAUUGGCUGAAAUAUCUUGUAAUAUGAAAGUGAAUAUGGCUAUACAAAAAGCUCUUGAAGUUAUAAGAAAUUUGAAUUACUUUGAUUUCUCUGAUAGCAAAAAUAGUUACAACAUAGAAUAGUUUGUUAAAUCUUUAAUCUUUCUCAUGAAUUAAUUUUAUGCAUAAGAGUUUAUUCAUAGCUCAUGCGAGACAGAAGAAAGAUUUUCAAUUCACAAAGCUCAAGAUUAAUAAGUCUCAUAUGCUCCAAGUAUUACUAAAGCUUAUACUCUAUCUGAUGAAUCAAACGAACGAAACGAAGACGAAGAAAUAGGUAUUAUACACAAUACUGAAAGCGGCUAGCUGAAUGAAGAUACUCAAACAGUUGAAUUUAUAAAAUAAGGUCUUGUUUAGAAUUUAAACGAAAUCGAAAGCCUUUAAUCUCAAUAUGUUGAAAUGAGUUGCUUUGAAAAACUUUACUUUUUCACUAAUAUUUUAGAUGAUGAAUAAGAUACUGAGCAAGAUUAGAAGCAGUAAAAUAAUGACUUGUUGUAAAGUAAUCCAAAACUCAAAACUUUAAACAAUUUAAAACCUUCUUAGUAAAAGAUUAAAUCUACUGAUGUUGUAACAGCUUCUAAUUUAGCUCUAGCUAUCCAAAGGGAAGUUUCAAUUGAAAUGAAGACUAAGAUGAAUCAAUAGAAUGAUGAUAUUAUAUCUUAAUCAGAAAUAGUUGAGGAACUUUAUUAAAAGAGAGUUAUCUAAGUAUGGCAUACACCUUCAAGACAUGCUUCACUUGCUUUCAAAAGCACCUUUAUGUAAAAAGCUUCUAAAUUUAAAACUUAAGAAAAAAACGUUCAAGAAAAUACCUAAAAUCAAGAAACAGCCUAUAAAUUAUUCUUGUAAUAAUGUGCUGAUAAAGUAGAGAGCAUGAAAAUAAACAACAAUAAAAUAGAAAUAUUACCAGAUUAAUUAGUGGCUAAUUUAAUACAGCUUAUGAUAAGUUAAAACUAAGAUAAAAUAAAUAGUUAAAGUUGGAUCAACUUAAUAUCAAAAAGAAAUGAUACUUUAUUCUUUAACGAAGAGCUAUUUGAUGAAAAUUAUGGAUAGUCCAAUAGCAAAACGAUAUUAAUAAGCACAACAAAAGAUUUUGGGUUACCUAAUUUUAGAAUAAAUGAAGAGAAAUCAGAAGAAUUGAUAGAAGAUAAUGUAAAAGAGACAAUGAGGUCUGAUUAAUUCAUGAAAAAUAUUAAAACAAAUUUAAGCAUAGAAUUUAACCCUCAAACACCUUAAACACGCUUGCAGUAAAUUGGUAGUAAAAUAAAUUUAAUGACUCCAAAAUAAAUAGAUACUAAUCGAGUUAUUACUAGUGGAAGUGGAGAUCUUAAAAAGUAGAAUAGCAUGAGCAACAAAAGUAUAAAUAACAAUAACUAAGUAUUUAAAGAUGAGUAGAAGUAGCUUUUUACUUUUGUUGGCAGGAAGUAACAAAAGAGGGUUGUUUCCUUCUUAAUAGAAAAAAUAAAGUCUUAUGAAGACAAGUAAAAGUUAAUUUACUUAUUCUAAAUUAAAGAGAAUACAUUCUACUCAUUGUAUUUCCAUUCACUUAAAUUAAUGCAUCUUCUCUAGAUGGCACAACAAAAUAUUUUACUUUAAUCUAUUAUUUCUUUAGAAUCUGCUGUUUAGCUAACUAAAUUUGCUUCAUUUACUUUGAAAUAUAAGUUCAUCUACUUUAAUCCAUCUCAAAUAUAGAUUGAUUCUAUGAGUGCUUUGAAAGAUUAAUUCCGUUUGCAUCUUGAAUAAGCAAUAGAUAGUGUAUUUACUACAGAUUUCCCUUGUGUCUUUUUCAUAAAUAUGUCUGAAUUCAAAAAUAAAGACUACAAAUAUCAGACUUAUAUCUUGGAAACUGUCAAUAAUAUAACAAAGGGUUGUGAAAUUACUAGUUUGUUCUCAAGAAAAAAAUGGGAAAGCUACUUAGCACAGUGGAAAAUGCAUAAAAGAUUUAUAGGAUUAAGCAAUCAUAUCCUUUACUAUUUGAUUUCUUGCAGAUUAACAAAGAAGCUUAAGAUUGUACUCUAUUAUGAACCAAAGCCAACUAAAUAUGACUACAGCAUGGAACUUAUACAUAGUUAUUAAAAGUUAUUAUCACAUUUCUCCAAAUACACUAUUUACAUAGCAAUAGAUCCUUAAAAGAAGUCAAAAAAAUUUUUGAAUAAUAGAAAUUCAAUAACUGAGCUAUUUUAAGAACUUUCGUGUGCAGCAAUAGACAACUUUGAAGAAGAGAAAAUAAAGAAAAUUUAUUACAAAGAUUUUGAAAUAUAGAAAAUAUAUUAAAAGAAUAUGUUUAAUUUUAAUUAUACUUCCUAUUAAUAAGCUAAAUUUGAGUUCUUCUACACUUUUAAUUUAAUUAAAAAAACUCUCUAAGAAAAUAUAUACCGCUGCGAAAACUAAACCACUUCUUAUCAACUUAAAGAACUUUGUGCAAAAAAAAUAGUUAAGUAUGAAAAGGAAAUUUAACAAGCUUAACAAAAAUUAGAACAAACUAAUCAAAUUUUAGACACAUAUAAAUCAAAUUUAAAGAACGCACAGAAUUUGAUUGUAGAAUAUGAAGCUCAAAUUUCAGAUCUUCAUGAAGAGGAAAAGCAGUAAACUGAAAUCUUCUAAAGAGCUUACCAAAAUGAAAGUAUUUGUAAAGCUGCAGAAAGAGAAUUUUAUGAGCCAAUCAAUAAACUUAUAAAAAUGGAUUAAAAUUUAUUCAAUGAAGAUAUAUAAGUUAAAAAGAUGACCUAAGUUAAGUAGAUGAACUAAUAUAUUAUUGUUUUCUUUGUUUUAUUUGGUACUCAAGUGGAGCAUCCUUAAUUUUCAGUCGAUAAAAUUAUUUAAGACAUCAAAGAGUCUUCCAAAAAAUAACAAAAUUACAACCCUGUUAAUGACACUCAAAAUAUGGAAACAUACAGAGAAAUAUUUGAACUAAUUUUCUCUUCUCAUCAAACAUUAAAGAAAGUAAUUUCAGGAAUAAAAGAAUCUCAGUUUAAGAAAGAACAUUAUGAUAUAUUAAGCUUAAUUGGUAAAGUAGAUGGAAAAAUAGAGAAUGCAUAUCUUUUCUCGCUUUCUAAUAACUUUAAUUUAAUUUAAAGAGACGUCGUUAAUGCUAUAGAAUUAGCUGUGAAAUUCACUAAGUCAAUCAUUGAAAAGAGAAAAGUUACUCAAACUUCUUAAGAAUUAGAUUCGAAAAUUAAAGACCUCAGAUUUAGAAGAAGCGAAAUAGAGCAUUCACUUAAAGAGCCUAAAAGAGUUGCAAAUGAUUUACCUCCAAAAAUAGCAAGUCUCAUUUUAGAAAAAGCAACAUUCGAAUAAAAAAUUGCUCUUAAGUAAAAAGGCAUCCAGAGCUUUUUACUAUCUAAGAAAAAGAUUGAGGAUUAUUAUUAUGAAAAAUUAUCAAAUGAUACUAACGACUUAAAUAGUUUAAAUAAGUUGAAUGAUAUAGUUUUAGAUUUUACAGUUAUGUUACUCUUUUUGUACAAGUAUCCAAAUUAUAUCAAAGAAAAUGUUAUCAAUGAAUAUUGCCAGAUUAAUGGAAUAAAACUAACAUUCUUUGAUUAAAAGAUUCCUAUCUUAUUGGAAAAUGAGGAAUAUUAUUACCAAUUGUUGAAAAUGAAUUUCCCUCAGAAUACAUAAAUUAUUGAUAGAAUUUCAUUGAUUUAGUUUAUGUAAAAGAAAGAUGCUUACUAUCCACCAUUAAUAAUUGAUUAAACUGGAGUAUUCUACACAUAUUUAAGGUAACACUGCAUGAGUAAAAACAUUCAAAUUAUUUUAGAAAAUACGACUGUUGGUAAGGAUAGCAAAUCGAAUAUACUUUAAGCAAUAAAGCAAGGUUAGGUUUUGAUUUUAAGUAACUUUGAUGACAAGUUAAUUUAGCUCAUAUAACCAAUCUUAGAUUGGAAAACUAAAAUUAUAGAAAAUGUUAUGAAUCAUUUCCUUUACUACAACAAUGAAUAUGAUUAAAAUAUUGUUGAAAGCUUUGAAGUUCUAAAAAAAUAUCGUGGAACGAUGAACUUCCAUGAUUAGAUGAAUUUAAAAGUGCAUGAAAACUUUAGAAUUUACUUUAUUUAUGAAAAAACUUCUUAUUCCUUUUCAUCAUCCUUUUUAAAACAAGUUUACUCAGUAACGAUAGAUAUGGAAGAUGAGACAAGCUGGAAACAGAGCAUGAAUGAUCUUCUUAUUUAGCAAUUUCAUAAGGAAAAAAAAGAUUAGGUCUUGGAUAAAUAUAUUAAUGUAAUACAAAACAGAGAAAAAGACUUAGAGAAUAUGCUACAAUCAAUUUUGGAAAGAUUAAAUAAUAAUAUCACAUGUGAAGAUGUUGCUUUGAUGAAACAAAUAGAAGAUGAUUUGAAUUCUAUUUCCUCUUUAAUCUAUCUAAAAGGUUAAGAACCAAACGAAAUUUUUGAAUAACCAAUUACUACAACAGUCUAUAACAAAUCAAGCAGUCUGAAAGUCAAUUCUAAUUCAAACUCAGUUUCAAAGCAUAAAUUACAUAUUCCUGAGGCUGAAAUUGAUGAAGAAGAAUCUCCUUAACCUCCUAUUUAGUUCUAGAGUAGAAGUGUUAGAUUAAUUCAUUAUGGUAGUGAAAAUUAAGGGAAUCCGCAGAUAGUGGAAAAUUCUGAAAGUAAAGAUAAAUAUGCAAUGUCCAUAGAAAAGGGAGUAAGAUCUCAAAGAAACUCUCUCUCCAACUUUUCUUCUUAAAUAAAAAUAAGAGAAAGAAAAGAGUCAAUCUCAAGUUAAGUUUCAGGAACUUCUAUGAUAUCAGCAGUCAGUUAUUCUUAAAAAAAGAGAUAAUUAGUUCUGCCAAAGUUUAAUAAAAAAACAAGUCUUUAGCUUCAAUUAGAUGAUAAUGAGUAGGAUGCUAUAGCUAACGAUGAUAUUAGCUGCUAUAAUGACCUAGAUGAAGAGCUAAAUAAGUAUUGCAAACUUUAUAUUUCUAUUAUUGAUUUUCUACAUGGAGUCAAAAUGAACUGGAUUAAUUUGGGUAAAACAUUGGGAAGCAUCUAUGCAUUUAGUGAAGUUUACAUGAUUCUCUUGGUAAAGUAGACGACAGAGAGAUGCAUCAAAGAAAAAAGUUUAGUAAACCUUCUUUCAGAAAGCAAAGAAAUGAAUAAUUUCAGUAACAGAUUUUGUGAUAAUAUCCUUUAUAUUAUGAGUAGUAUAUUUAGAGAAGACCAUUUAACUCUCUUUAACUUUUAGCUUGCCAUUAUGUAUUAAAGAGGUUUACCUUCCUCUGAAUCGGAUAGCUUUAAUGAACUAGAAUGGAAGUUUUUCCUAAAUUAAAGAAUAGAAAACUUAAAUAAAGCAGACAUUUUUGGAGAUCAGGUCUAUGAAUAUAAAUGGGUCAACAUUCUAGAAAAACUUAUAAAUCAUUUUAACCUUUCCGACGAUAUACUGGCUCCUAUCUUAAAUAAAUACUAAAUUGAUUUAUAUGGUUAACAAAGCGAAUCAAAUUCCCCUUCAAUAUCUGUUGAAGACAUUGAUACUAAAAGUAAACUAUAUUCUGAGUCUAAGAAAAACCAGCAACACACGACUAAAGCUAUGUCUAAAUUUAAAAACUUAAUCAACAAAGACACUAAAGAAAAAAGCUCUUCGCCAUCUUCAAAUACUUAUAUUCCUAUUAUUUAAAUUAAAUAAGUUAUGAAUGACUCACCUGUUUAAGAAAAGCUAUCAGAAAAUACAUAAGGAUUGAAAAUACAAGUGAAUCCUACCAUAAUAGUGGGUACUCCAAGCUCUGAUAAAGGUUCUCAGCCACCUUCUGUAAUUGUAUCAGAUAAAAAUGAAGAUAAAUCUUCUCUCCCUCAAACUUCUUUAAAUAUUGCCUUAGAACAGUACAAUUAGAACUUGGCUAAUGCUCUAGGUGUAAAGAUAAUUGAUGAAAAAUCAAAUGUAGCUAAAAGAAAAAGCUACAUUUUAUCAUCAAACACAGCAUAAUCAAAUUAUGAAGAAAGAGAUAAGGAAAAAGAAAAAGAUUUAAAUGAAUAAACUUUUUCAAAUCAGGUGAAAAAGUUCUCAAGCUAAUCUAAUUUCAUUCCAUAACUAAGAGAAUUACCAUAAUAAAAAUAAAUAUAAUUUGGUAUCACUUCCUAUAAAUCGUUUUUCAGCAUCCUUCCUUUCCUUGGAGAUUAAUCAAAACUUAGAAUAGUCUUAAAUAGUAUUUCUGAUCAUGCAAAAGAAUGGAUCAACUAUCUAUAUAGCUCUGUUAAAAUUCAAAAAAGAAAUGAAGAUAAAAUUAUAUUAUUUAAAGAGUAUCCUAAUAAUAUUCUUAGCAAGAUUACUGCUUAAGAAGCAAUGCUAGUUUCUAAGUAUUUCAGACCUGAUUGUUUGCUCAGAUUUGCAGAGUAUUUCAUUAGAAAGUGCUUUAAAAGCUUAAUUAAGAGCACACAUAAAACUAGUAUGGAUGUUCAUGUAAGCAGCUAAUGGUAUAAAAGACCAACUAUUUUGUUCUUUAACUAAAUGGAUAAAAGUAUAGCUGAGUCUUUAGAAUUAAAGGCAGCUAAAAAUCAUUUGGACUCAUUUUUAGUUAGACUGAAUUGUGGUUUUAUACCAGUAGAAGAACUCUGCAUAGAAUUAGAAAAUGCUGCAGGAGCUGGAAGCUGGGUAAUUAUUGAAAACAUGGAAAAUCUUUAAGAGAGGGAAAUGGCUUAUUUGAUAAGGAAAAUAAAUUAGGAGUUAGAAAACCAAAGCACAACUUAGACAUUUAAAGUGUGGAUAUCAAUAUCUUUAACUUCUAAUUCCAUGUUUAAGAACUAAGACUUUGUCUGUAAGAGUGAAGAAUGCUGCAGCAUGAUGAAAAAUUUGGCACAAACUUCUUGGAAAAUAUUUUUAAAUAAAUCUUCAAAUAUCAAAUAAAUAAUGGAAAGGUUAUUUAACAUUGAGGCAUAAGAAUAUAAAGCUUAUCGUGAUUAAAAACAAUCAUAAUACAAAUUAAAUAGUUAAAAGUAGAACAUGGGUUCUGGUUUAUAGUCAAAUAUUAGUGGAACAACUGCAAACACUUUAUUUGUUGGAGGUAAAAGAAAUUAAUAAGAAAAAAUUUUAAUCUCAAAGUCAAAUAUCUUUUGUGGGGUUCACAAAAAUCUUAAAUCACGUUUAAAUCGCUUGAAUAGGCAAGGCAUAUUUAACUUUUUGUCUAUUUUGAAUGUGGAGCAUCAUUCUACUUAAUAUCCUGAGCAAUAGGAAUUGAUAACUAAAUUUUCUUAAAAAUAUCGCUUUGGUUUAGCAUUUGUAUUUAGUAUUGUCAAGUACCGUGAGAACUAUGGCAUGAAUAAUAUUUUUUACUAGACAGAUUUUGAUUUAUACUACAUUCUCGAUGACAUACUGUAGUUUUUAGAGUGUUUCCCAACAAAUCCAAAGGUGUUUUUGGAAAAAUAUUUGUCAUUUUUAUUCCCUUUUUAGAGAAAUCUUGUAUCAAAUUAUGUGAAGAAAUAUGUCACAUCAUCUAUGGAUUAGUUGAUAACUCUUAAAGUAAAAGAAGAUCAAUUUUAAUAUUAGCUCUACAAUUUCUAAGGAAACUUUAACAACGUUGAAGAAGCUAUAAUUAAAACUUUGAAUUAAUUCCCAAUAGAAGAUCCCCUAUAAGUUGUUGAUUUAUCUUAAAAUUCUGAAUUCAUUAUAGAAUAUCAAUAAUCUAAAUACUUCUUAGAUAAAGUCAUUGAAAUAGAAAAGAGAUGGGAUAUAAGUAAAAUCUCUACAAUUCUUGGUGAAAUUUAAGAAUUAAUUGAAUCUACCCAAUAAAGACAAAAAUCUAUGCAAUAAAAGUACUUUAUACACUAAUAGCAGUAGUAGCAGUUAGCUGAAAAUAUGCCUAACGUUUUAUAAAAAAUCCCAUUAUUCAAUAAAAGGAGCAAAUCUUAAGAGUCUUUUUAUAUCUAAGAAGAAGAUUUAGCUACCUAGUAAAAGAACUACCCACUAGUUUACUUAUAAAAUCUUAAAAGAUCUAAGCAAGAAAAUGAAAAUUUAUUGAGCUUGAUAGACUCAAUUUUAGAAGUGAUAAAGCUUGAUAUAAAUAUAGAUUAGCUUGAUUUAUUUAUAUUCUAAAAUAAGCAUCAAUAAUAAAUAGAAAAACCAAUAUUCUACUCUGUUAGAGAUUAUAUCCUCUUACAAAAUCCUUCAGAUGAUGAAGUAGUCAAAUUCAAGAGAAAAGACCCUAUUUUCUAAAUUAAUUCAGAUUAGUUUGUUUAUCCUUCGAACUCUUCUUAGUUAAAAGAAUCAGGUGUGAGCAGCCUACAAAAUAGAAAACUAGAAUCAAACUUACCAAAUUUAGCCCUUAAUAUACCUUAAAAAUCAAAAUUCACCUUUUAAUAAGACUAAGUAUAAUAAUUACAAAACGAGAAAGAUGAAAAUGGCUCACCUUCUUCUGCAUCAUUAUCAAAUAAAUAUCAAUCAUUUAGUAUAGAUGCUGCUGAACAUAUUAAUCCUCCUUAAAUGAGAAAGAGACAUGAUUCUAUAUAUUCUCCUACUUCUACUACACCUAUAAGAACUCCAUUGCUUAAGACAAAACAACGAGAUGAUUCAGGCUCAUCAUCAAUACGUAGAAGAAAGGAUUCUAAUCCUUACCUUAAACUAAAUAUAUCUAAUAGUUUUGAGAAAGAUACCACAGCUUAGGAAGAGUUCCAAGAAGAAACUGAGGUAUAAAAGCACCCAGAAUUAAUUCAAUUCCAAGAAAAACCUAUUUUUGGAAAAAAAGAUGUCUAAUUGAUAACAAAAACCAAAGUACCAGAGAAACUUUUGUUUAGCAACGAAUUUUUAAUAGCCUCAAGACUAGUGUACGUAAUUAGAUAUGAUCUACUCCGAAUUAAAGAAUACAUCAAAUUGAAAAAUGACGGCUAAUCAAGUGAAGGCUUACUAGAUGUCAUCAAGUCAUUACAGCAAAAUAAAAUACCUUAUGCUUGGUGGAAAGUGGGUUUCUUAACAGAAGAAAACUAAAACAUCUCUCUUAUUAACUUUAUUAAGCUUCUACUCUGCAAGUUAGAGUAUAUUCAUACUAUAUUUAAAAAUAACUAGUGUCAGCUCACACCUGUAAUUUCUCUUUCAAAAUUAUUUGACCCUCUAGGAUAUAUCCAAUCUAUGGUCCUCAAAUACGCUGUUAAAGAAAGGCAAAAUAUUCUCGGAAUUAAGAUUGUACUUACUAAGAUAACUACUAUGGCUGAGGAAACAUAACAUGUUGAAGAUUAAGUUAAUAUAAGUGGGUUAACAGUAAGAAAUGGUAAAAUAAAUAAAGAAAAUUUCUUUUUAGAAGACGACAAUCCAAGAGAAUUUGAGUAGUCACUUUAAUAAAUGAAGCUAAUAGUAACUUCUAAGCCUUAGAAACUAAAAGCUUAUGUAUUUGAAAAAUAUUACGAUCCUAUAAUUGCAGUAGAAUUAUAUGAUCUUAAAAUGAAUUCUUCAUACAAUCAACAUGAUAUGGAAAGUGAAUUCUACAAUUAGUUACUAUAUCCUCCUAAAUUGUAUGAUUAUAAUGAUCCGAUUCACCAGUAAAAAGAAAGAGAAGGUACUGAUCAAUUCAGAUUCUCUCAAACAUAUGCAAAUACUCCUUCAAUGCAUGCAAACUCUGGAUUGCUCAAUGUAAAUCAUUCAAGAAACUAAUCAAAUCAAUAAUCUCAAAUGAAAAUACUAUCUUCAAAUAAAAAACCUCUUGAUAUCGAAUUAACAGAUUAAGGAAGUACUCAAAUUAACUAUGCUGUAAGAAUUCCAAUAAUCAAUCCUAACACAGAUACUCUCUUUUGCCAAUUCCCUACUUAAUAUUAUUUAUAUAUUUAUUCUAAAAAACCACAAGAUUACUGGGAAAGGAGAGGAACAAAAAUUUUAAUAAAUAAUUUACUUUGA